AAGGGGAAGAGGCAGCUCCCUGGGAAGGUGAACGUGGACAUCGGGCCCCUGAGGACCAGCCUGUCCUUUGAGAGGAAGGACAGCACGGUGACGCUGAUGCAGAACGACCAGGUGCUCAUCAACCUGCUGACGGACAUCGUGACGGAGAAGAGGACGGCCACCAACAUCAAGCCCAAGAUCCCGUCCACCUUCGACUCCACCAAGGAGACGAGGGAGCAGGGAGUCAUCCUCAGUCUAGGAGACGACAGGGGAGUCAUCAGGUCAGAGGAGCACGGAGAGCUGCCCUUCAGAACCAGAGAGAACUUCAGCGACGUGGACUUCACCCCCGAGGACGUGGGAGGAGAGGUGGAGUUCACUCUGAUCACAACCGGGCCCCAGCGUGCAGGCAGGAUGCGCCGGGUGAAGGAGCCUCUGCUGCUCACGCUCUCUGCCGCCGCCGCCGCCAUCUUUCCGGAAGCUCCGACCUGCGCUCCGACCUGCGCACCGACCUGCAGCGCCGCCGCUGACGGAGACUCUGCGUCGCCUGGAGGGAAGAGAGAACAGAGCAGCGUCCCCACGGAGGUCGGGCCCAACAUGUGGCUCGACCAGGAGCUGUACGAGGGCAUCGUCAGCCAGCCCAUCAUCGAGCCCUCGCCCAACAUGAAGGGCUUCCCAGGUCAGAUCCACGCUAACAUCGGGCCGGUCAGCACCAACGUGACCUUCGACCACCGGGACUGCGGGGUCACGCUCCUGAAGAACGACCACGUGCUCAUCAACCUGAUGGUGGACCAGCUGACCCGCCGCCGCAGGGCCGCCAACAUCAAGCCCAAGAUCCCCUUCACCUUCAGCUACACCAAGGAGAAGAGAGAGAAGGGCACGGUCACCUUCCUAGGUCCAGAGGAGGGCAUCCUGCACAGCGAGCACCACGGAGAGCUUCCCUUCGACCUCUCAGAGAACUUCAGUGACAUGAAGUUCAGCAGCCAAGACAUCCACAAGGAGGUGGAGUUCACCGUCUCCCUGGUGAAGUCUCAGAAGAGAGCCAUCAGGCUGCUGAGGCUGAAGAGGGUGGAGGAUCCCAUCCUGGAAGAGCAGAAGAGACGGAAGGAGAGGGAGAAGGAGGAGAGGAGGAUGCAAGAGGAGAGGAGGAGACAAGAGGAGGAGGAGAGGAAGAGGAGAGAGGAAGAGGAGGCGGAACAGCUGAGGGAGGCGGAGAGGAAGAGGAGGGCGGAGGUAGCGGCCGCGCUGGCAACAGCCAAAGGAAAAUGGACCCCGCUGGGUUUCCUCUACAGGAAGAUGGACACCAUGCUGGACAUCAGCAGGGAGCGCUUCCAGGGCACGGUGCUCAAAGCUCUGUCCAAGGACCCUCGAAAGGACAUCAAGUCGGCGCUGUCAUGUUUCCUGCAGGUCAAAGUUAAAGAGGAGAAACUGGGUGAGGAGGAGCUGAAGAAAAAGGAGGAGGAGUCGAAGGAGGAGGAGCCAAAGGAGGAGGACCCAAAGGAGGAGGAGCCGAAGAAGGAGCAGGAGCCGAAGAAGGAGGAGGAGCCGAAGAAGGAGGAGGAGGAGCCGAAGAAGGAGGAGGAGGAGCCGAAGAAGGAGGAGGAGGAGCCGAAGAAGGAAGAUGAAGAGGGGAAGCAGGAUCUGAAGAAGGAAGAGGAGGUACAGCAGGGAGGAGCACUGAUUGGCCGGCUGGUGACGACCAUCAAGGGCGAGCAGAAGCAUCUUCCCUUCGGCCCGGAGGACAUGAUCAGCACGGCCACCAUGCUGGACGGAGACAAGGUGCGUUUCAACAUCGCCACCCACCAGGAGACCAAAGAGCAGCGAGCGGCGUACGUGGAGAUCCUGCCCGACUCCUUCGAGGAGUCCACGGAGCAGCGGAGACACGGCCUCGUCAUCGAGCUCUCUCUGUCCACCGGCCUCAUCAAAUGCUCCCAGAAUCCUCAGCUCUACUUCCACAUGUGCGAGGUGAUCGAGAAGAAGCGGCUGGAGCUCAACGAGAAGGUGGAGUUCAGCGUGGUCCCGCAUGACACGGCGGAGGGGGGGAACCAGGCCAUCCGGAUCAAACGCUUCACCGAGAAGGUUUUCCUCCCGGCCCGGAAGCUGUGCGCCAUCGGCGUAGCGAAGGGAAAGAUGACCAUCAAGCUGGCCAAAGCUUCAGAAGACGCUGAGAAAGACAAACCAGAGACGGACAAGAUGAAAGCGGUGGUGAAAAAUCUCCGAACGCAGGACAGCAAGACCAGUAAGGACUACGGUGCCUCGCGGCGCAGAUACGGCAGGAGCAGGAGUAAAAGCAGGAGUCCAAGCAGGAGUCGGGCUAGAAGCAGGAGUAAAAGCAGGAGUCCGAGCAGGAGUCGGGCCAAGAGUCCAGCUAGGAGUAGGGCUAGGAGCAGGAGUAAAAGCAGGAGUCCCGGUAAGAGUCGGGCCAGAAGCAGGAGUCCGGUUAGGAGUAGGGCUAAGAGCAGGAGUAAAAGCAAGAGUCCGCCCAGAGACCAGUUCGGACGGCUCAUCAAAAAGAGACGCAGCACCAGCGCCGAACGUAGAGGCAGCCGGUCGAGGAAAAGCCGGAGCCCGGAUCGAUCCAAACGGCGCUCCAAGAGCCGGAGCAGGAGCCGGGAAAGGGUCGAGGAGGCGAAGAAGAGGAGCAUCACCAGCAGAGAUGAAGGUCUGAAGAGGAGGAGGGAGCCGAGUCCUCCCCCCCGACGAGGAGGAGUGGUGGACGACGAGCUGGCGAGGAAGAAGCGAGAGCUGGAUGAGCUGAACGACAUGAUCGCCUACAAGAAGUCUCUGGUGGACCUGGACCCCGGACAGAGGACCUGCAUAGACUACGACCACGGCAGGAUCUCCGUCCCGCUCUCAGAGUACAAACCGGUCCGGUCCAUCCUGAAGAGACGAGGAGAGGGGCCCGAGUACCCACUCCGUGCUCCUCACCCAUAUGACGACCCGUACUACGACCGGCAGUACAGCGCUUAUCGCUACGGGGAACCCUACCCUGCAGGUUCCUACCCCGAACGCCCGUACGCCGAUCGUCCCAACAGUGACCCCCCUCGAGUCUAUGGCGAACCGGCCUAUGCUGGCCCUCCGUCUGCCGGCCCACGCUACACCGACCGCUACGAUGUUUACGACGAACCCCACGGAGACCGCUACUACGACCCGGCCUACGCAGAGCGGCGGUACGAGGAUCCGUACCGGAGCCAGUCUCCAGAACGCCGAGAUCCCUCACCUGGUACUCAGUACGGACACCUUCCUGCUGCCUCCACCCAGCCUCCCUUGACGCAAACCCCUGCCACUUCUUCUUCCCAACACCCUUACAGACCUCCUUCUCCCUCAGUUCCGCCUCCCAGAAGCCCCUCCCCAAGACCACGUCCGGGACCCCCCGCGGCCCAGCAGCCGCUGGACCGAUUCCUCGACAUGCUCAAUAAGAAAGUGGAUGUUGUGAAGCAACCAGAACCGGUUCCUUUGACCGAUGACCUGCUGCCUCAUGAGAGGGCGCUUCAGGACGGCGGGGGUUUCUCUCGGAUCGUAGGACUUGCUCAAGAGCAACCUGGCAGCAGUAUAGUUCUGGAUCAGAAGAAGACAAAUCCAAAACGCUCCUCAUUAGAGAGAACAAGUGAGGAAGCGAAGAACACUGCAGAACCCUACGACAAGAUCCAGAGUCUGCUGCGUUCGAUCGGACUGAAGCUGAGCACCGGAGACAUGUCCAAACUGGCCAGCCGAGCCCAGGAGAAGAUCUACAGCCCCAAGUCCUCGUCCACAGAAAGAGAUAUGCUGUCGUCCCCGAGGGAGGAACGGCAGCCGAGUAGAACAGGUUCCAUUGAAUCGGAUCACAUUCACUCCCCCUCCCCAGCCAGGUCCUCCAGUCUGCAGCCUCGCAUCCAAUCCAGAGCUGUCUCGGAGUACGAAGGGUUCCUGGACCAGAAGGAGCUGGAGGCUCUUCAGAAGGCCCAGCAGCUGCAGAGUCUUACCAAGACCAUGGGGAACAACAACUCCCCCACUCCCCCUACCGGGCCUCCGCCGACCCACUUCCAACGCCCCCCCGUACCAGUCAACUGGCCCCUUGGGAUUAUCACCCAGUUUCCCCCACAGAGCUUCACCCCCCCCCAGCAUGGGAACUCCAUCUCCUCCUGCAGCUGGCAUCCAGUCAUUCAGGCUUCCCUCUGGACCUCCUCCACGGCAUCCGGCACAUCCUCCUCCAGGACCGCCUCCUGGACCUCCACCACGGCGCCCUCUCGGACAACCUCCAUUCGCUCCACCCCCUGGUACUCCAGUCUUUCCCUUUAUUGGCCAGCCUCCCUCAGACCCCCCCCUUAUCUCCCCUGGUUCUGUGCCGCCCCCCACCGCCGCUAUAGAAUCAGCACCAACGUCCAGUCCUGCUGACCCUAACCAGUCCACCAUCUCUACCACGGUGGCCCGGUGCCUGAAGGUCAUAGAGACGGUGAAAUCUCUGGCCGUGCAGCAGCCAGCCAAGCCGGUCAAAUCCGUGCAGUUUAGUUUGCCGAGCGCUUCCUCGUCUCCGUCCAGCUCUCAGACCUCCACGGAGGACGACAUAAAGAACAAGCAGAAGGAGAAGCUGGAUUCGUAUAACAAGAGGGUUUUGGAGAAGCGGGAUCAGCACUACAAGGACUGGAUCGCCCACAAGAAAGAGUGCAGAGGACAGCGGCUCG